GGAGUAUCAGCUGUUCGUCAGGUGAAAAUUGGCGGGAAACCGGCAAGUAGAAUCCUAGCAACCAGAGUGGCACAAUGGCAUCGUCGAAAUCCUGGCGGCAAGAUGAAGUUCACGUUUAGGACCGAAUUUGGAUAUCAGGACCGAUUCUCCAGAACUUGAAUUAUAGCAGGCGCAGUGUCAAUCGCUACCCGCCUUCUCUCCACCAUUACGAUGACGACACGUGCCAACAGCUUCAUCAAGGAAGAGGUAUCUGUAGAACUCGCUGGAUUGCGUCGUUCACCAAGGAACUUGCCGCAGCAUCUAAAGGAAAAGUUGAAGCAACCAGAACCCAAAAGAGAGCCUGACAUAAAAACUUUGCCUCUGAUUGUUUUCAAGGGAUGCAUUCAAUAUGCUGAUGACUUCUUUAACUGUGCUCAGAUUUGUGACGAUCUCAUACAAGAAGUGAAGCGCAGUAAGAAGGAGAUCGUGCCAAUAGGUUUCGAUUUGGAGUGGCCGUUCAACUUUCAAACUGGCAGUGGAAAAACAGCGCUGAUGCAAAUUUGCUUGGAGGACAGCGUAUGUUAUCUCUUGUAUGUCUAUUCGCUGAAGAAGCUUCCAGCAGCAUUUGUUGAACUCCUGUGUCAUUCGAAAGUCAAACUCGUUGGCGUCAAUAUUAAAAACGACGUGUGGAAGUUAGGGAGGGAUUUCAAAGAGUUUCCUGCUCAAAAAGUGGUAGAGAAUAAUUGUCUGGACUGCGGGACUUAUGCUAAUCGUGUCUUGAAGCGAUCUUGUCGUUGGAGUUUGGAAAAAUUGACUGCUUAUUUGUUGAAGAAGAAAAUUAGCAAAAAUCCCGACGUGCGAAUGAGUAAAUGGCAUGUACAACCCCUCAGCAACGCCCAGAAAAAUUACGCAGCCACGGAUGCUUAUGUAUCCCUUCUGCUAUACACGACACUUGAUGCAAAGGCCAUUACUAUAGAAAAGGAGAAUCAAAACGAUGAGAAUUCGCUAAAUCUUUCGAGCUAACAAAAUU